AUCACUCAACGUUCAGCAUUUGAGAAGGUGUUCGGACUUCUCCACAUUCGCAAUACAUUCUGCAGAGCCCGUAAGAUAUGGUUUGGGUCACUAGAGGAGACUCGUGCAAGAUUCGCUGCAUAUGGAAAGACUGAUCAUGGGAAGUGGAGAGAGUUCAUCAAG